GUUGAGCGUGGGGGCGGUCGCUUUUGUGCAUGCUCGGACAGUGUGCGAGAUGGUGGUAUUCCGGGUAUUUGAUUUGUUUAGCUUUAAGUCUUUCUGCUAGUUUAGAGCAAAGUUCCUAGCAGCCUCCAAGAAAGGAUACAAGAUUACAGUUCCAAAAGCGCUGACCUGAGGGAGAGACGAGCUUUGGUCCCCGAGAAUCCACAGUCUGAAGCAGAGAGCUUCCUUAUCCCGAAGGAGCCUUCUAAACGGAGCCAUAGCCAGGACCCUGUUCCUGGGCUGGGAAACCGCUUCUAAAGAAGAUGACUCAAGACCAGCCUUUGCUAGCUGUGCAGGAGGCACUGAAGAAGUGCUUUCCGGUGGUGGAGGAACAGCAGGUCCUGUGGCAGAGCGCUCUGCAGGACUGCCAGCCCCUCCUGACCUCUCUCAGCAACCUGGCAGAGCAGCUGCAGGCUGCACAGAACCUGCGAUUUGAGGAUGUGCCAGCACUUGGAGACUUUCCUGACUUACAGGAGCGGCUGAGACGCAAGCAGCUGGAGGCUGGCGACACUGUCCUGGACAAGCUGGAGGAGAAGCUCAUUCUUUCCCACAGAGAUACCCUUCUCAAGGUGCGGGACACGGUCAGCAGCCACGUGGAACGAGUGUUUCAGACCUACGAGCAGCAUGCAGACGCAAUCGGCGUCGAUGCCGUCCUUCAGCCCUCAGUGGUGAGCCCUUCUGUGGCAGACAUGUUGGAAUGGCUGCAAGACAUUGAGAGACACUACCGAAGCUCGUACCUUAAGAGAAGAUACCUCCUUUCCUCCAUCCAGUGGGGAGACUUGGCAGGCAUCCAAGCACUGCCCACAGCCUGGAACCGAAUUUCAGAGGAGGAGCGCCAAGACCUUGUACAGGAUACCCUAUUGAAUGUAUCUUUCUUCCUGGAGGAUAAGGAUGCUGUGCCUGAGGGCCACUGUUGAAGACCAGCGUUGCUGCACUCUGGUACUCCCGAAGGAAUGUCAGCACAGCAACCUGGCAUGCUUGAAAUGUCAGUUCCUAGAACCUAAGGGCUGGGUCCUGCGAGUACUGGUGGUACAUGUCUCUGGGGCUCCUCCAUGCCAGGGAAUGGGCAGGGUACAGAAGUCACUGGUUAUGUUUCCUGAGAGUAAAG